UUUUCGGGAAAAGCAGCCACUUUUCCGUGUUUAAUCAGUGUUUAUUCUUGGUUUUUCACUGCACAGCCCGCUUUCCCACCGGCACAAUGUGGGGUGAACCGACGGAAAAGACUGCACCGUUCGUGUGGAAGAAAAAACUCGAGAAGCAGGGCAUGAAGGACAUUUCGCGCCGCGAGUUGGAGUCGAUGAAUCGCAAAACGCAGCUCGACAACAUGAUCGAGCUGGAAAAGAUCAAAAAGCGUCGUAUGGAGCGUGAGCAUCUGCAACAGCAGCGUGAAGACGACAUGUACUUGAUGCAGCGGUCGAAAGAAGCGGCCCAGUUCGAGGAGUGGCAGCGGCAGGAGGAGAGUUUCCACCUUGACCAGGCGAAGCUCCGCAGCAAAAUCCGCAUUCACGACGGGCGCGCCAAACCCAUCGAUCUGCUGGCGCAGUACAUUUCCGAGCAGAAUCUGGAGGAAUCGAUCGAGAUGCAGAUGCACGAACCGUACACGUAUUUGAAUGGGCUCAGUCUGGACGAUUUGGAGGACCUACUGGUCGACAUUAAGGUGUACAACGAGCUGGAGAAGGGCAAAAACUUGGACUUUUGGACCGACUUGACCAUCAUCGUGGACGACGAGAUACACAAACUGCGGAAGGUGGAAGCGGAAAAGCAACGAGUGGCCACGGGGCGCCGUGAAGGCAUCCACCAGAGUGUCGCCAAGGACGUGACGCAGAUCUUUCGGGGCAAGACGGCCUUCCAGCUGGAGGAGCUGAAGAAAAAGAUUGAGGACAAAAUCAACAGCCAGCAGGAUGGGCUUGAUAUCGGGUACUGGGAGAGCUUACUGUCGCAGCUGAAGGCACACAUGGCGAGGGCCAGACUUCGCGAUAGACACCAGGACAACCUGCGCAGCAAACUGGAGCUGCUCAAGAAGGAACAGGAAGUGCAGGUUAAGAAGGAAGCCCAGACGGACGACGAGGAGGCCGGACCGUCGGGGAUGGGCUCGAGGGCUGCCGAAGCGGGAGACGAAUCGUCCGCGGAUAGUGCUGCCCAGUCGGAGUCGGAGGCGGUUGUUGCCAAAUCGGCCGAAAGCAUCGAAAACGAUCUGCUCAGUGAGUGCUUCGAGAUGUACAGGAAGGGAGGCUACGAACCGAAGUACGUAAAUGCAUCCGACCUCGAAGCGGGUAGCGAAGUCAUCAGCGAGGACAAGGAUGAGGAAGUACUGGACCUGCUGCGGCAGAAGGUGCUCGGCAUCAAUCAGGAGGAGGAACUGUACUCGCGCGAAGAGAUGCUGCUGCGUAAGGAAGCUCGGCGCGGUAUGGACAACGAUGAGGCCGAGUUCUCGGUGGAAACGCGUGUCGAUUCGCACGUGUACCUCUGGUCGGACAAGUAUCGGCCCCGGAAGCCUCGCUACUUUAAUCGCGUGCACACGGGCUUCGAGUGGAACAAGUACAACCAGACGCACUACGAUAUGGACAAUCCGCCGCCGAAGAUCGUGCAGGGUUAUAAGUUUAACAUCUUCUACCCGGAUCUGAUCAACAAAAACACCACCCCGCAGUACUUCCUGACGCCGUGCUCCGACAACGGGGACUUUGCCACGUUGCGCUUCCACGCCGGGCCACCGUACGAGGAUAUUGCGUUUAAAAUCGUUAACCGCGAGUGGGAGUUCAGCUACAAGCGCGGCUUCCGUUGCCAGUUCCAGAACAACAUUUUCCAGCUCUGGUUCCACUUCAAGCGCUACCGUUACCGCCGUUAGGAUGGUUAGGAGAAUCG